ACCAUUCAUUAUAUAUAAACACACCCAAAAUAAACCCAAAAAUCAACAAUUGUAUAUUUUUUAAUUUAAUUAAUAAGAUCAAAUACCUUUAUUACCCUUUUAAGCAUUAAAUUAGUUUUGGAUCUCGUUUAGAAUCUAUAGAAUGCAGAGAACAUUAAAAUUCAACAAAACCACUCCCUGAGGUCUGAAGCCUCAAGCCCCUCUCCUCCUUCAAACCCACAUCUCUCCUCUGUUCUCUCCCUUCUUCCCUUUCUCUGCCUUCAAAGUAAACCAAAAAGUCUCAGAGCCAGGGACCAACACAAGACCGACGACAAUCUCCGUUACAUCGGUGGCCUCACACGUGUUCUCGCCGCCGAUGCCUCCAUUUCUUUUGCAGAGCUAAUGGUUAAGCUCGCAGAGUUCUAUGGCUACUCUGUAGAUUUGAGGUGUCAAUUGCCGGAUGAAGGCUUUCAGAACGCCGACGCCGGUGGUGAUUGCAAGAAGAACGAAGAUGAAGACGAUUUCUCGUUCACCUGCACCAAUCCCGACGGAUCGCCAAUUUCCACCGACGAUAUAUUCCAAAAUGGCCAGAUCCGUCCAAUGUUCCCGAUUUUCAACCAGGAUUUCCUAUUCGCCGAUGCCGACUACGACGAUACUUCCAGAGCCAGAGGUGUUGCCGCUUCGUCUUCCUCUCUACGGUCGCCAUUGAAGGAGCUCUUUUUUGAAGAGCUGGAUAUGCCGACCUUGGCAACGUCGUUUUACAACUCAGGAGGUGAACUCGGGUCCUGAUCCAUGAGAUCAACGCAUCUGAUGUACGUAUUUUCACAGUUUAUUCUUAUGAUGAUUUCUCAUU